CGUGGGUGGUGCCUUACCCUCCUGGCAGGCCCCCUCCGCUCUCCCUCUCCCAGCCGCUAGAGCUGGUUGGAGCCCCCGCUUUCAGGAGCGGCGUCCAGGGGUGGGCCCGCGGAGAGCGAGAAGAAACUUUCGCUUCCUUCCCUCCGGAGUCCAGGAAGGUGUGACGCCCCUCCGGAAAGCCCCCUGCCGGCAGGGAAACAGGUUGCGCAGCAACAAUCCGAGAGGUUGGGUCUCGAACCGAGGGAUUUGGAGCUCUGAGUCGAACCCAGCCAGACGGAACUAGGACACCUCCGGGGACCAGGACGCGAAGGGGCGGUACGUGCAGACAGGAAGCCGUCUCUGCCCACAACCAAGAUGGCGAAAGAGAGAGCGGAUGUUUCCGCACUUCGGGCUGCCAAGGCCUCUCUUUCUCUCCUGGCGGCCCAGCUCUCAAUGAUGGCAGUGGUCACGUGACGGGGGCGGGGGUGACGGCUCGUUUUGCACCUCUUGGAGGGAACCAGCUUCCCAGGCCGAGAGGGGAGGGGGCUUGCCUUCGGGCGGGUGAGGGGCGUGACAUGUCGCUCGAAGAUCCGUUUUUUGUAGUCCGAGGCGAGGUGCAGAAGGCGGUGAACACGGCCCGCGGGCUUUACCAGCGGUGGUGCGAGCUUCUGCAUGAGGGCGCGGCGGUCGGACGCGAGGAGCUGGACUGGACGACCAAUGAGCUGCGGAAUGGCCUGCGCAGCAUCGAGUGGGACCUCGAGGACCUGGAGGAGACCAUCGGCAUAGUGGAAGCCAACCCAGGCAAGUUCAAGCUCCCAGCUGGAGACCUGCAGGAGAGAAAGGUGUUUGUGGAGAGGAUGCGGGAAGCAGUCCAGGAAAUGAAGGACCAUAUGGUCAGCCCCGCAGCCAUAGCCUUCAUGGAGAGGAAUAAUAGAGAGAUGCUGACAGGCAAGCCAGCCACCCUGAAGUCAACCAGCGACUUGCUGGACGCCAGUGUGGUCUCAACCACCUCUCGCUACAUUGAAGAGCAGCAGGCCACACAGCAGCUGAUCAUGGACCAGCAGGACCAACAACUGGAAAUGGUGUCUGGGAGUAUCCAGGUUCUGAAACACAUGUCCGGCCGCGUCGGGGAGGAGCUAAAUGAGCAGGGCAUUAUGCUGGACACCUUUGCUCAUGAGAUGGACCACACCCAGUCCCGGAUGGAUGGGGUCCUCAGGAAGAUGGCCAAAGUAUCCCACAUGACCAGUGACCGCCGACAGUGGUGUGCCAUUGUGGUGCUGCUGGGGGUGCUUCUCCUGGCCCUCAUCCUGUUCUUCUCUCUCUGAUCCUGGUCCUCCCCAGGAAGCUGGUCCCUCCAGCUGGGGGGCUCAGCAGAGCCUUGCCGCCUGGGAGGAGGGGGAUCAUGCCUGGGGAGCUGUCCCAAGGCUUCAUCCAGAGCCAGUAGGACCCUCAUGGCCCUGGGUGGGAGCCCCCACCACUGGUUCUGUCUCAAGUGCGCUUAGGGGGUGGUGGAGGUAGGGGGACCUCAGACACGCCCCUCCCCAUCUCUCCUUCCCGUGCCCCAAAGCCAUCGCUUUGCCCGUGUGCCUUCUACAUGUGUCAACUUGGAAAUAAAAUCCCAGCCUUUGUUAUA